AUGGCUGAAUCCGUGCCCAUUCCUGAGCCUCCUGGCUAUCCUCUCAUUGGAAAUUUGGGUGAAUUCAAGACGAACCCACUCAAUGAUCUCAACCGUCUGGCCGACACUUAUGGCCCCAUCUUCAGACUGCAUCUUGGAGCAAAAACGCCCACUUUUGUCUCAAGCAACGCCUUUAUCAACGAGGUUUGCGACGAAAAGCGCUUCAAAAAGACAUUAAAGUCUGUUCUUAGUGUCGUGCGAGAAGGUGUCCACGAUGGAUUAUUCACAGCAUUCGAGGACGAGCCCAAUUGGGGCAAGGCACAUAGAAUUCUGAUUCCUGCCUUCGGACCUCUGAGUAUCAGAAACAUGUUUCCAGAAAUGCAUGAGAUUGCCAAUCAAUUGUGCAUGAAGCUGGCUCGCCAUGGCCCUCACACACCAGUUGACGCCAGUGACAACUUCACUCGCUUGGCACUCGACACCUUGGCUCUUUGUGCCAUGGACUUCCGCUUCAACUCAUACUACAAGGAGGAACUGCAUCCUUUUAUUGAAGCGAUGGGCGAUUUCCUACUUGAGUCAGGAAACAGAAACAGGCGACCUGCAUUCGCACCCAACUUUCUCUACCGCGCAGCCAACGACAAGUUUUACGCCGACAUUGCUCUCAUGAAGUCAGUGGCAGAUGAAGUCGUUGCGACACGAAAGCAGAACCCCACUGAUAGAAAGGAUUUGCUCACUGCUAUGCUUGAGGGCGUUGACCCCCAAACAAGCGAAAAGCUAUCCGACGACAACAUCACCAACCAACUUAUCACAUUCCUCAUCGCUGGUCACGAAACAACGUCUGGCACACUAUCCUUCGCCAUGUAUCACCUUCUCAAGAACCCAGAGGCCUACAACAAGCUCCAAAAGGAGAUUGACGAGGUCAUCGGCCGCGAGCCUGUCACCGUGGAACACCUCACCAAGCUCCCCUACCUCAGCGCCGUGUUGAGAGAGACCCUCCGAAUCAGCUCUCCGAUCACCGGUUUUGGUGUCGAGGCUAUCGAAGACACCUUCCUCGGAGGCAAAUACCUCAUCAAGAAGGGCGAAACUGUCCUUUCUGUCCUGUCAAGAGGGCACGUAGACCCCGUCGUGUACGGACCUGAUGCCGAAAAAUUUGUUCCCGAACGUAUGCUUGACGAAGAAUUCGCCAGGUUGAACAAGGAGUUCCCCAACUGUUGGAAGCCUUUCGGCAACGGUAAGAGAGCUUGUAUCGGAAGACCUUUCGCGUGGCAAGAAAGUCUCCUCGCAAUGGCCCUCUUGUUCCAAAACUUCAACUUUACACAGACCGAUCCUAACUACGAAUUGCAAAUUAAGCAAAACCUCACCAUCAAGCCUGACAACUUCUUCUUCAACUGUACUCUGCGACAUGGCAUGACCCCCACGGACCUUGAGGGUCAACUGGCUGGAAAGGGUGCUGCUACUAGCAUCGCUUCCCACACCAAGACUCCUGCAUCCAAGGGAGCCAAGGCCAGCAACGGGAAGCCUAUGGCUAUUUACUACGGUUCCAACAGUGGCACCUGCGAGGCUCUCGCUAACAGACUUGCUUCAGACGCGGCUGGUCAUGGCUUCAGCGCAUCAAUCGUUGGUACCCUGGAUCAGGCCAAGCAGAACCUCCCCGAAGACCGACCCGUCGUCAUCGUCACUGCUUCAUACGAGGGACAGCCACCUUCUAAUGCCGCCCAUUUCAUCAAGUGGAUGGAAGAUCUGAGCGGUAACGAGAUGGACAAGGUAUCUUACGCCGUCUUUGGCUGUGGCCACCACGACUGGGUUGAUACCUUCCUUCGAAUCCCCAAGCUCGUCGACACUACCCUCGAACAGCGAGGCGGUACCCGUCUUGUUCCUCUGGGUAGUGCCGACGCUGCUACAAGUGACAUGUUCAGUGAUUUUGAAGCUUGGGAAGAUACUGUUCUCUGGCCCGCUCUCAAAGAAAAGUACAACGUCACAGACGAUGAGGCCAAUGGACAAAGAGGUCUUUUGGUCGAAGUGACAACACCGCGAAAGACCACUCUUCGUCAAGACGUCGAGGAAGCUCUGGUGGUAUCAGAAAAGACACUUACAAAGUCUGGUCCCGCCAAGAAGCACAUUGAGAUUCAGCUUCCUUCGGGCAUGACCUACAAGGCUGGUGAUUACCUCGCCAUCCUUCCCCUGAACCCAAGGAAGACAGUCUCAAGAGUCUUCCGACGAUUUUCUCUGGCUUGGGACUCUUUCUUGAAGAUUCAAUCUGAUGGUCCCACUACACUGCCUACCAAUAUCGCGAUUUCUGCCUUUGACGUUUUCAGUGCUUACGUGGAGCUGUCGCAGCCAGCUACCAAGAGGAACAUCCUCGCUCUGGCCGAAGCAACCGAGGACAAGAAGAUCAUCCAGGAACUCGAGAGACUUGCUGGUGAUGCUUAUCAAGAAGACGUCUCGGCCAAGAAGGUCUCAGUUUUGGACCUCCUUGAGAAAUACCCAGCUGUUGCGCUUCCCAUCAGCUCAUAUCUCGUCAUGCUUCCCCCCAUGAGAGUCCGACAAUACUCCAUCUCUUCUUCUCCCUUUGCCGACCCCAGCAGACUCACCCUCACAUACUCCCUACUCGACGCCCCUUCGCUCUCUGGCCAGGGUCGCCAUGUUGGUGUCGCCACAAACUUCCUUUCUCAACUCAUCGCCGGCGACAAACUCCACGUCUCAGUCCGCGCCUCUAGCGCAGCCUUCCACCUCCCCAGUGACCCCGAGACCACCCCAAUCAUCUGCGUCGCCGCUGGAACUGGCCUCGCUCCUUUCCGUGGCUUCAUUCAGGAGCGCGCCGCUAUGCUUGCCGCCGGCCGAAAGCUUGCUCCUGCUCUUCUCUUCUUCGGCUGUCGCGACCCUGAGAACGAUGACCUCUAUGCCGAAGAGCUAGCACGCUGGGAGCAGAUGGGAGCUGUGGAUGUGCGCCGUGCUUACUCUCGAGCUACCGAGAAGUCUGAAGGUUGCAAGUACGUCCAGGAUCGUAUUUACCACGACCGUUCCGACGUGUUCAAGGUGUGGGAUCAAGGCGCCAAGGUGUUCAUCUGUGGAAGCCGCGAGAUCGGCAAGGCAGUUGAGGAUAUCUGUGUUCGUUUGGCCAUGGAGAGGUCAGAAGAAACACAUGAUGGAAAGGGUGCGACAGAGGAGAAGGCAAGGGCUUGGUUUGAGAGAAGCAGAAACGAGCGUUUCGCUACGGAUGUGUUUGAUUAG